CUAGUCAUAACUGAUAAAACACAUUAAAGUGAUACAAGUAUAUCCUCGUAAUUCGUACUGAAAUCGUUUAACGUUAAAUAUCUGUAAUCUGUAUUAUUACCGAAUAGGACGUAGGAGGUACCCACUAUUUGUAACUGAAUUAAUUGACAAUUUGGAGAAAACAAUUGAAUACUGUACAGUUGACGUUAGGAUAUAAGCGCAUUAAUGAAUUGAAAAAUAAAUUCUUGAAUUUAAACUUCAUAUUGUUUUGAUAAACUUUAUGGAAAAAUGACUGCUGAAGAAGAUACAUCAUAUACAAAGUUGCCCAUUGAGGAACGAUGUGUACACAAAUUAUGGAAAGCCAGAAUAAGUGGUUAUGAAGAAGCUAUUAAAUUAUUUGGACAAUUGGAUGAAAAAGCUCCUGAAUGGAACAAAUUUACAGGAAUAGUAAAAAAAUUUGUUAUUGACAGUAAUGCAGUUGCACAAGAGAAAGGUCUUGAAGCUACAUUAGUUUUUGUGGAAAAUUCUGCUACUGCUGGACGGACGGUGGGUGAUGUCAUGACUGGUUUAAUAACAAAAUGCUAUGGUGCACCAAAAGCAAAAACCAAGGAUAUUGCUAUACAAAUAACAUUAAUGUUUAUUGAAAUUGAAAAGCAAGAUAUAGUAAUAGAAGAAUUGGUUAAAGGAAUGGACCAUAAAUUUCCUAAGAUUGUUUCAACAUGUAUUAAAGCUGCAACUCAGGCAAUAAAAGAAUUUGGAUCAAAAGUUUUAAAUAUUAAGCCUCUAUUGAAAAAAUUACAAUCAAUUCUUGAAGAUAGAGAUAAAAGUGUUAGAGAUGAAGCAAAAUUGUUGGCCAUAGAAAUUUAUUCCUGGAUUGGGCCUACACCUGUUAAAGCUAAUUUGGCUAAUCUAAAACCUUUACAAAUUCAAGAGUUGGAAACAGAAUUUGAAAAAAUAAAUGGAGAUAAACCACGACCGACACGAUUCUUACGUUCUCAACAAGAACAAGCUGCUAAAAUGGAAGAAGUAGCUGCUGCCAAUGGAGAUACAAUAUUGGAAGAAGGCACUGAUGUAGUUGAUGAUCCAGAAGAACAUAUUGAUCCAGUUAACAUACUUAGUCAACUCAGUAAAGACUUUUAUGAAAAGCUUGAAGCAAAAAAAUGGCAAGAACGAAAAGAAGCCAUAGAUAUGCUUGAAGGAAUAUUGUCUAAAGCUCCUAAAUUAGAAAGUGGAGAAUAUGGAGAUUUGGUCAGAGCCUUAAAGAAAAUUAUAACAAAAGAUUCAAAUGUUAUAAUAGUUGGUAUUGCUGCAAAGUGUAUGGCAAUGUUAGCUAAUGGAUUAAAAAAACGAUUUGAGACUUAUGCUUCUGCUUGUAUACCAGCAUUGUUGGAAAAAUUUAAAGAAAAAAAGCAAAAUGUUGUAUUGCCACUUCGAGAUGCUGUUGAUGCCAUAUAUUUAAGCAUGACACUUGAAUCUAUUCAUGAGGAUAUUUUGACUGCAAUAGACAAUAAAAAUCCGUCAGUAAAAGCUGAAUCAGUUUCAUUUUUAACUCGAUGCUUUUCAAAAUGUACUCCAACAAUUUUAAACAAAAAAUAUUUAAAAAUUUUCACUACAGCAUUAAUAAAAACAUUGAAUGAAUCAGAUCCAACCGUGCGAGAUAAUUCUGCUGAAGCUCUUGGUACAGCAUGGAAGGUUGUAUCAGAAAAAAAUAUUCUUCCAUUUUUGUCUACUGUUGAUGCAAUAAAACUUGCUAAAAUUAAAGAAGCAUCAGAAAGAGCUGUAAUAACUGCAAAACCAAGUAUUGUUAGAGAAUCAAAACCUGCUGUUGUCUCAUCUAAUUUCACAGAGAAAAAAGCAACAGCUACAAUUAACAAAAAUACUGUUAUUAGAAGAACUCGCACAGCUGUCAAUAUUCCUAGUAAAACUGUUGUCAACAGUAAGGUUAAAAAACCUAUGAGUGCUCCUGGAGGACGUAAACCUAUACAAUCGAAAUCUCUUCCUCCGAUUGACACUGAAAAUGAAAUUGGAGAUGAUGAAUUAGAAGAACUGGCUUUGACAUUUUGUUCUUCUGAAAUUUUAAAUGGUAUGGUUGAUGCCAAUUGGAAAACUCGUUUGUCUAAUGUUCAAGAAUUUUCUCAAAUUAUCGAUCAAAUGGAAUCAUUGACAGUUAGCAGUCAAGUGUUAAUAAAAUUGCUGAAUAAGAAACCCGGUAUUAAGGAUAAUAAUGUACAAAUACAAAAAUUGAGACUUGAGUGUUUGAAAAAAGUCAUUGAAAAGUUUCCUAUUACUAGUACUGGUAUGAAUUGCUGUAUUCAAGAUGUUUCUUCCUUGUUGGGUGAUAAUAAAAAUGGUAAUCUGGCUAGUCAAGUAUUGACUUCUUUCGCAGAAUCGACUAGACUAGAUCUGGUCUGUAAUGCAGUGUUAGAAUAUGCAUUUACUGUACAGAAAAACCCAAAAGUUCAGAUUGAUGCCCUUAAUUGGCUUUCAGGUGCAAUAUUAGAGUUUGGUUUUAUCAUUGAACCUAAAUCUGUUAUGCAAAAUGUUAAAAAAGCUGUGAGUGCUUCUAAUCCCCAAGUUCGUUUGGCUGUUAUCUCUCUUCUGGGUGUUAUGUAUCUUUAUAUGGGACCUCAGUUAAGUUUAUUUUUUGAAAAUGAAAAACCAACUUUAGUGCAACAAAUAAAUGCAGAAUUUGAAAAGCACCAAGGUGAAGCUCCACCAAAACCAACUCGUGGGAAAAAUAUGGACGGAUCUACGGAAUCUAUAGAAACCGCGAGUGAUGAAGAAAAACCUGCUUAUGAAGUUAACAUACGAGAUAUUGUACCAAGAGUUGAUAUAACUCCUCAAAUAACCGAUGCUUUAAUUAGUGAACUUUCAGAUAAAGAUUGGAAAGUUCGUUCUGAUGCUUUAACCAAACUGCAAAAUAUUGUUAAUGAAGCUAAAUUUAUAACAAGUGAAUUAGGAGAAGCUAGAAAAGCUUUACAAGACAGAAUAAGCGAUUCAAAUGCUCGUCUUGGUUCAAAUGCAAUUAACUUGGUAGAAUCAAUUUCAAAAGCCAUGGGAUCUUCUUUUAAAAAUUAUAUAAAAGGUUAUUUACCUGGUGUUUUAAAUGCAUUGGGUGACCCAAAGACUUUUAAAUGUCAAAGUGCUCGUCAAUGUAUGAAUACAUGGGCAGAUGUGUGUGGAUAUCGUGAAUUUUUUGGCGGUGAUAUACUUUUGGACGCUUUAAAAAAUAAUUCAGUAACUUUACGUUCAGAGUUAUGGACCUGGCUUGCAGAAAAGUUACCACUCAUCCCUUCUAAGUCAAUUCCAGCUGAUGAGUUGAAGUGUUUGCUUUUGGUCCUUUAUACAAGUCUUGAAGAUAGAAAUGCAAGUGUUCGUAGUGCUUCUGAAAAGGCUGUACUUGGAUUUAUGAUGCACUUAGGUUAUGCUUCUAUGUAUGGAGCAUGUGAAAAAUUAAAGCCCAUGUCUGUCAAGUUUUGUAGAGAAAAAUUAGACAAAGAAAGACCAAAUUUACCUGUUGUACCAAUUGAAAAGCCUAAGGUUGUAAAGUCUGGUAUUCCCGCUGGCUCUUCAGUUAAAUCAGGAGGAUCAAAAAUACCCCCUCCUAAAGCUGCUGCUAAAGCUAACAAAGAAAAUGUCAUUCCCCGAGUAAGUACAGCUACUGGAAAAAAGAAAGAAGAAAUAGAUAAUGGUCCAUUGUUCCUACGCAAUAACUUAAAGCAUCAACGUGAUAUUGAUGAACACAAAUUAAAAUCAUUAAAAUGGAAUUUUACAACUCCUCGAGAAGAGUUUGUUGAACAACUUCGAGAGCAAAUGUUAACUGCUGGUAUUAACAAGGUGUUGAUUACAAACAUGUUUCAUUCAGAUUUUAGAUAUCAUCUUAAAGCAAUUGAGACUCUUUCAGAGGAUUUGAAUACAGCAGAUGAUGGCAAUGGAGCAUUAAUUAGUAAUCUUGAUCUAAUAUUGAAAUGGAUGACUUUAAGAUUCUUUGAUACCAAUCCAUCAGUACUUUUAAAAGGUCUUGAUUAUUUACAACACAUAUUUGACAUCUUAAUGGCCCAAAAAUACACUCUUCAUGAUACUGAAGCAUCAAGUUUUGUGCCAUAUUUAGUAACAAAAUUGGGUGAUCCUAAAGAUACUGUGAGAAGCAAUGUCCGUGCCAUAUUAAAACAAAUUGCAUUCAUAUUUCCAAAUACAAAAAUGUUUCAAUACAUUAUGGAUGGUGUUAAAUCGAAGAACUCAAGACAGCGGUCAGAGUGUUUAGAACACUUGGCAACCAUGAUAGAAGAUUAUGGUACUUCAAUUUGCCAACCUAGUGUUGCAGCUGCUUGUAAAGAAAUUGCAAAAAGUAUUGGAGACAGAGAUAAUUCUGUCCGAACAGCUGCAUUAAAUUGCUUUGUUGCUGCAUUCUUUUUGCACGGAGAAGCACUUUUUAAAUUUGUUGGCAAUAUAUCUGAAAAAGAUAUGGGUCUUCUCAGAGAACGAUUAAAAAGAGCAUCGAAGAAUCGAGCUGUGCCAGUUGCUACUGUUCAGCCAACUAUCAAAAUGGUUAUACCUCCUGUUCAACGAGUUCCUGAAACUGAGGACAUCGUUGACGAUGAAUAUAAUUCUGACGAAGAAGAACACAAUACUACAUUUAACGUUUCACAAGAGUCUAACCAUACAUCUAGUCCUCAAAGAUAUUCAAAUGAUUCACCUUCUAGAUCUGCUAGUACUCUAUCAUACAGAACAGGAAGCAUUCCUACUACCAUAGAACAUUCGUCUGCAUUACGAAUGGGACUUAGACGACCUGUUAGUGAAGUCUAUGAUGAACCUCAAGUGACACGUUAUGGUCUUGAUGAAAAGUUUAUUAAAGAACUGGAGGCAGAAGAAAUUUCAAGACCAGAGUUAAAAUUAAAAUCAUAUAAUUGGAAUACAGAUCAGGAUGAAGUGAAAUUCAGAAAAAUAGUUCAAGAUCAUACUCAAUCUUUACCUGAUAAUAUAUCAUCAUCUAAACCAUGUGUAAAUGUAAGUCCGUACAGUACUGCAACUAUUACAAAAAGUCCUAAAACACCACCAGCGCCUACACCUGAUCCUAUUCAGCAGUUAAUAAAUCAAGUUACAUCACAAAAUAUAGAGAUUUCAAAAACUGCUCUAACAAGUCUCGAUAAAAUGCUUUUGAGACCUGACAUGAGAUCAAAGUUUUUAGAAGGAGGAAAAGUAUUAUCACUAUUUUAUGCAAUCAUUAAACAAUUUGAUAUCUUAUCUGAAUCUCAUGACAUUGACGUCACUGUUGGGUAUAAGAAUAUAUUUAAUAUAUGUUUGAAUCUGUACAAAUAUCAAGAAUUUACCCUGAUACUGAAUGAACAAAUUGUGCGUGAUUUACUUUCAAAAUUAUUGUACUUACUAAGUAUGAAAGGGCCAGAGAAUAGUACAGAUACUCAACUUUUUGGACGAUGUGUUAACAGUCUCAUUAUGAAUGUUUUGGAACGAUCUGCUCAUACACCAGUUACAUGUGCUUUGUUGGCAAUGCUUUAUGACACAGUUAAGUGUCCUCAAAACUCGUCCAAUCAUUAUAAAGAAUUGGUAAUGAAAUGUAUAUGGAAAAUAGUUAAAGAUUUUCAAGAAUGGGGCGAUGAACUAUGUUACGAAAGAGUGCUUGCACACAUACACAGAUUCUUAAAGGAGUUUGAUUCAAAGCACUGGAAAAAACAACCUUCUGACACCCCACUAAGAACAUGUAAAACUGUUCUUCACACAAUGGUAAAAAUACGCAGUGAUAAAGUAUUGGAAAGUUUAGCUAGUCCAGAAUUCCCUAAAGAUUCAGAAAUGGUUGUUUACAUACAUAAACUUUUAAGGCAUUUGAACAGCGAACCUAGACCUGAAAGUAGUAAACGAAAACAUCGAACACCAUACGACGAACUAUCUGAUAUAUUCCAACUAAUAGGUCAACAUGAAAACACCGACGAAGGCAUACAACAGUUGCAUAGAUUUAAAAUAAAGCAUCCAAAUAUUGACAUAGAACCACAUAUUUCUAAGACUACAAAAUAUUUUCAAGAUUAUAUUCACCGUAAACUGUCAGCAAUUGAAGACAAUUUAAAAAGCUGUUUAGUUGAACCCAAUGGAAAUAACGACAAUUUAAAACCAAUCACAUCUAUGCCCAUGCGCAAACCUGAAUCUGCCGCUGCAAGUGAAGCUGAUGGUUUCAUGAAACGGUUGCAAAUAUUGAAAAUGAAAGCAUCCAGAGAAGAAGCGUACUGUGCAUCAAAUGGAGAAUGUAACGGAAACAAUCGACUGGAAGAGGACUCACAAGACGAAGAUCUACCAAUGCUCAACACAAGUCGUUCUCCCCGCAAAUAAAAUUUUAUUCCAUUUAUAUAGUAUUAUUUUCUAACAAGUGCUCUGAUAUAGGUCAAAUCGGUAUGCCCAAAUCCUUUCACUACUCCUAUCAAGACUGAAAAUCCAAAAUGUGUAAUGUAAUUUGUUUCUUUUUUUUAUAUUUGCUUUAAUAUUAUAAUAGAAAACAUCAAUAUUUGUGUAUGAGCCUUUUUUUUGUGAACGAAGAAGCUAGUUGUGUUGUAAACAAAUUAAUAAAAAAAAAAAAAUAUGUGUAAUUUAUUAUAAUUUUACAAUAUUAUAUUUUACUAUUUUAGUGGA